AUGUCUACCACAAAAAGUUCCAAAGUGCGAAUACGCAAUUUCAUUGGUCGAAUUUUUUCGCCUGGCGAUCGAGAUCGAGGGGAUGAAGAAAUGAAGCCAUCGUCUUCUGCUAUGGAUAUUAGUCAACCAUAUAAUACUGUUCAUCGUGUACAUGUUGGAUAUGAUGGACAGAAAUUUAGUGGUUUGCCUGCACCGUGGAUGGAUAUAUUGCUCAGAGAUAUCAGGUUUGUUGUGGUUCUCACAUAUCCCAAAAACUAGAUUCUCUUCUCAAGAAGAUUCUGAAAACUUUUUCGAGGAUUUAAAGGUGAAACUUUGUCAGUGUUAAAUUUCUGAACUCUAUAGGAUCCAUUUUAAGCAAAAGUGCCUUUCCCCCCCUUUCGAUGCUAGUUUUUUUUCGAAUGAAUUAUGACUGAAAUACUUCUCUUUUUUUCUAAUUUAUUACUCACACUUUUUCCGAGUUCAAUAAUUAGAAAAUGUUUUUCUGUUUCAGUCUUGCCGACCAAAAAUCGAAUCCGAAUGCAGUUGUGACUGCAUUGAAGUUCUAUGCACAAUCAAUGAAAGAAACGGAAAAGACAAAGUUUAUGACAACUAAUAGUGUAUUCACAAAUAGCGAUGAUGAUGAGGUUUGUUUCGCUUUUUUGUUUCUGUAUUAUAUGAAUAUUUUAUCAGGUUGAUGUACAAUUGACUGGAGAAGUGACGGAACAUUUGAGAAAGUUACGAUGUAGUAAUGGUAAGAGAAUUCUGCUCUGCAAAUUACUUUUUUUUGUUUUUGUCAAAAAGUGAACAUUGAAUUAUUGAUGGAGAAUUUGAAAAUUGUGGGCAAAAAUAAUGGAAUUAUUAACAAGUUCUGUGUUUUUUGGCUUUUUGGAACAAUGCUAAAGACAACAUUUCAUAAAAAUACUAUUUUUGUGAAAAAAAAUGGUUUCUGAAGGAUUUUUGCAAGCAAUGUCGGAAUUUUGUUUAUCUAUUAGUGUCGUCUUAAGAUAUUAUCUUGAAGCGAGAAAAUGACUCAACAUAAUUUUGUAAAUACAAAAAAAGAAAAUUACCAAUUAGAAGAAAAAUAGUUCUAAUGAUAAACAAUUAAAUUGAAAAUAUAUCCGAAUCAUAAUAAUUUAUAGGAACUUCUUCAUCUCCAUCGCCUUCAGCAACUUCUUCAUCUGCUCGACCAUUGACUAAUGGAAAUAAUAGCAGUAGUACAAAUCAUUUGUCGAAUUCAUCGACAGAAGCUUCACUUUCAUUCGGAUCUGAAUUACGAAGUAUUCCAUCGCCAUCUCCAGUUCCAAAUAGUGGUUCGUUUUUUUAAGAGUUACUGGUGUCCAAAAUUUGUUAUGGCACUGCUAAUCUGUUAAAAAUGUUUGGUCUAUGGAAACUUCCCAGAAAAUUAGCCGAAAUCAAAGCCCCUCUUUUUUUACAUAGUUAUUUUUCAUUUGAUAAUAAUUUCGUAGGCGCGCGACCGAUUAAAUAAUUUUUUUAAUAUAAAAUCGCAACAUUGUUCUUUUCUCUCAUUUUUCUCACACAAUGCUUUGAUUUCACAUAAGAUAAUAAAUUAUGAAUUGAUAAGAAAAGCUGCAAUGUUAUUCUUUCGAUUUAAAUGAUUGUAAAAUAAUUGGAAGUAGAUUUAUGACUCGAUGUUUUUUGCUAGAGGGAAACAUGUAUUUUGAUACGAGGAAUAUAUGACAAAUUUUUCAGAAAGUGCACCACAACUCAAAAAUUUAACUGGAGAUGCGCCAAAACUUCAUCCAAGAUCACCAUAUCCUCCGCCACCACCAGUUUUACCACAAAGAACAAAACCACCAGUUGUAAUUGCGACAAAUAAUGGAAUUACGAAUACUCCACCAGUUCCAGGAAAACGAGUUCCACCUAAAGUGCCGCCAAAGCCACAGGUAUGUUUUCUUCGUCCUUUCAAUAUUUUUCAGUAUUUCUCAAAAAAAAAAAACCAAAAAAACGCAUGAAUCUAAACGCAACCAAAAGUUUUUUUGCUUUUUUCUUCUUUCAUUCAUUUUCACUAUCAAUUGCAUAAUUAAAGAGAUUUGCGAAAAAAAGUUACAACAAGAUUGUAAAGUGUUUGUUGCCAGACACUACAAAAAACCACUAUUAAUCAAUGUUUGUUGAUUAGAAGACUGAGAAGUAUUUUAUCCAAAAUCUUUUGUCGGGCGGGUGAAAGUUUGGUUUAGAACGAUUCGGUUGUUAAAGUUAUAUGCCCUUUUUAUUGGAUUUUUCGAUAAUAAAAACGACAGGAAAAUGCGAGAUCUUUGAGUCUUGAAAGACACAUUGAUGAGGUUGUGAUAAAUAUGAUUCUGAACACACCAUGGCUAUAGUUAUAAUUUUAGAGUUCACUAGAUCAUUGUCACAUAAUGGAAUUUUUUCAACUCUACAAAAUUAAAUUUUAGUUUGUUUUUUCGAAAUUGUACUUUAGGAUUUUUAAAAAUUGUUCUUGAAAAUGGAAAAGUCUCAUAGCUUGUUAUUUCUACCUACCAUCCAGUUUCCUUCCUGUUAGAAUCAAUGUUAUAAGGAAUCAACACGUUCUAAGAUGUUAAUAUAACUCAUUUGCUUCAGUUUUUUCCACAGAAAAAUAUGAAAAGUAGAACCGAAUAUACCUGUUCAAUUACGUAUUUCUAUGUUCCACGUCGAAUCAAAUCAUCAUAUAUCAUUAUCGCUUUCAACAUUCCUCAUUACAUAACCCUCUAAUUAUUGUCAAUCACAAAAACACAGUAUCUUUUUGCAAAUCGAAUUAUCUUUCUUUUUUUCCUAUUCAUAUAUCCAAAUAUAGUUUCUUUUCAUGAUUUUUUGAUAUAUGAUUACUUGAUGAAACAACGAAUAUAAUAAUACAUACAUACUAUAUAAAUAAUAAUGAAAGUGUGAAAGUGAAGAUUCUGUUUGGUUUUUUCUCUCUUUCCUCUUCAACAGGUUCGACCCCCUGCGGCAGAACAGAAAAAAUAUAAUGAAGACGACUUACAUCUUCUAAUAUUCUUCUCUUUUUUCUGUAUUUAACGUUUAAGUUGUUUGCUUUCACGUUUCAUUUUUCCGGUUUUUGUUGAGCAGUUUUUGGAGCAUUUGUGGAAUAGUACAAAUAAGGAAAUUUCUUGUUCACAUGUUUUCUUUUCGAUUUAAAGAAUAUAUGAAAGGCCUCUUGUUUAUUGAUCAUUGACUCCAGUCCAGUGUCUCUUAUAGAAGCUAGUAAUAGUUGUUAUUCUGAUUUUUUAUUUGGAAUUUUUAAUUUUAUUCUUUCUCACUUGGAAAAUUUUAAUAAUUAAUGUUCAAAAUCCAGAUAAUAUAGAAUUAUAAUAAAAAUUUUCUUUCUGAGACAUUAGUAAGAUAUUGAUUAGAAAGAUAUUCUGCAAAUUUUUACAUUUAUUUUUGUGUAUUAUCUAGUUUUGUAGUACUAACAAAAUGAAUAAUAAUGAUGAUUAGGAUUAAUGAUGUUAUGUCAUUUGGUCGGCUUCUUUUUCCUUGUCCUUUUUUCUGUUCGUUUGAAGCUAAAACCCGAACCUGUCAUUAUUUUCACUUUUUACUUCGUUUUUUUUUCUGAAUAAACAUACGACUUAUUGUUAUUGUUGUGGUUUCGGAUCAUUCAUUCUUGAAUAUUGCUUUUUUUUUCGAAAAGAGUAGGUUCAAUCAAAUUUCGGUAACCAUCUGUUCUUUCUUUCUUUCUUGACCUCUUUCUAAUCGUACCUGUUUCUUUUAAAUUUACUAAAUGAAAUAUAAAGCAAAAUUAAUUUGUUCGAUAGUUAGUUACAUCGUUAAAUACGCUAGUAAAUUGUCGACAAAAUAUUUUUCUGACGCCCAAGGUUUUCUCUAUGAAAUCCAUAAAUUCGUACAACACAUAAUAGUAUAAUACGUUUUGAAAAGGUCAGAGAAGACACGCCCAGCUCGAUAACAUUCACUUAUUUCGUCUUUUUUUUCAAUUGUGAUUCACAAGUUUUUUGUCCGCUAUUAUGUAUUACUACAUGCAAUCGUGCGUACUUAAUUUCCUUUUUCUCUCGUUUUUUUUCAAUUAUUUCAAACUGUGUCGUAUUUUACAGAAUAGAAACAGAAAUAUCUUAUUGACAACAAGAAACAUCUGUUUUCACCUUAUUUUUCUUCCUCCAUUUAAUCCACCUGUUUAUAUUUGAUGAGAUUUAAAAAUGUUUCAACAACAGCAAAUGUUUUAUGAUUGGUAUCAGCCGAAACCAAUGAAAGUUGGUGUUUUAUCACCUUGGGGUGCUUACUUCAAUCAUAUUGGAAAUGAGCUUUUGGUUGGUUUUUAGGUUUCAAAAAUGAAAAAAAAAGUAUAUAAAAACUUUUGGUUGCGUUUUUUUGCGCGAUGAAAAUAUGCAGUAAGUUGUUAUCACUUAAUAUAGCCUUGAGAACUUAAAAAUUUUAUUAAAUGGAAAAAAAUGUUGCCUGUUCCCAUUUUUCCCUGAAUUGGCUUGCAUGUUUCUUGUCACGUUCAUAUACUUCUUCAGCAUUUAAAAAUCUCAUCAAAUUCAACACUUUCAUCAUCUGGUUCGUCUUCACCAAUAAAUAAUACAAAUACAACUUCAUCAGUUCGAAGUGUUGGAAAUUCAUUAUCAAAUGGAAGUUGUGCAUCAAAUACUUCAUCGGAAGCUGAUGUUCAACUUAUUUCAAAUGUAAGUUAAUUUUCAAUGUGCAUUUUUCUUUUUUAUUGUGAUGUAGAUUGUUCUAUUUUGCAUGUCACUUCUUCUUCUUCUCACUUAUCCCAUUUUUCUAUUUAUUUUUAUUCAAAUUUCAAUUAUAGAUAAAUAUAUUUAUCAUAUUUUUUCAGAAGGAAAACACGAAAAUUGUUGGAGAUGCAAAUGCGAACGAUGUUGAUCAAUUGCUUGUUGAAGAUGAACCAGUUAGAGUUCGACAACAACAAAAACAAAAAUUAACAGAUUCCGAGGUUUUGGAACAAUUGAGAGGAAUUGUCAAUCCAGGAAGUCCGAUUUCAAAAUAUGAAAUGAAGAAACAAAUUGGCCUUGGGUAUGUUCUUUAAAAAACCAGAACUUAUUUUUUUUAUUAUAAAAAAAUGUUUUUUUAGUGCAUCGGGAACUGUUUACGUUGCAAAUGUAGCUGGAACUAGCAAUGUUGUGGCUGUCAAACGAAUGGCAUUUAAAACUCAACCGAAAAAAGAAAUGCUUCUCACCGAAAUCAAAGUUAUGAAAAAAUAUCGUCAUCCAAAUCUCGUAAAUUAUAUCGAAUCAUAUUUGGUUGAAGCUGACGAUUUGUGGGUUGUAAUGGAUUAUUUAGAAGGUGGAAAUUUGACGGAUGUUGUUGUCAAAACAGAAUUGGAUGAAGGACAAAUUGCGGCUGUGCUACAAGAAUGCUUGAAAGCACUUGACUUUUUGCAUAGGUAAAAUAGAAAAGAAAGUGGAACAUCUUGUUUUGAGUUAUAAAUAGAUUGAGUCACUAAAAUAAUUUGAAGGACGUGGGAUUAGGACUAUAAUAUAUAAGCCCAAUAUCAGGAUAACUUUUUUCGAAAAACAUUAUUACUAGGAGAAAUACUGAACAUUUUAAAAAUUGAAAAAAGCUAAAUUUCAGAAUAGAAACUCAUCACAUCAUUGAAUUUUAGAACAUUCACCUUACAAAAAAACAUUUUUUUUUGCAGACAUUCAAUUGUCCAUCGAGAUAUCAAGAGUGACAAUGUUCUUUUGGGAAUGAAUGGAGAAGUUAAAUUGACUGAUAUGGGUUUCUGUGCUCAAAUUCAACCAGGUGCAAAACGUAACACAGUUGUUGGAACUCCAUAUUGGAUGUCGCCGGAAAUUCUCAACAAAAAACAAUAUAAUUAUAAAGUUGAUAUCUGGUCAUUGGGAAUUAUGGCACUUGAAAUGAUUGACGGAGAACCACCAUAUUUGAGAGAAACACCAUUGAAGGUAAUAAGAAUUCGAGAAUUUAUUAUUUUUCACAAUAAAUAAUGGUUUUAUAGGCAAUUUAUUUGAUUGCGCAAAAUGGUAAACCGGAAAUAAAACGCAAAAAUGAUUUGUCGCCAGAUUUUUUGGAUUUCUUGGAUAGAUGUCUUGUUGUCGAUCCAGAUGCAAGGUAAUUUUCAUUUUUUUCAAACUGAGCCAUAACAAAUUUCAACAAAAAUGUUCAUUUUCAGAGCUGACACUUCUGAACUUUUGGCACAUCCAUUUUUGAAACGAGCAAAACCAUUAUCAAGUCUUAUUCCAUAUAUUAAAGCAGUCAAAGAACAAUUGGGUGAAAGAAAAUAA